GUCACUUCCGCCCCAGGGCAAGAUGGCAGCGCCCGGCCUCUGCCACGCAGACUUCCGCCUGGCAGGGACACUGGGGGCUGGGGGCUGGUCGCGUCGUUGGUGAGGUCGUGACCCUCGGCGUGGAGCCUCAGCGCAGGAACCAUGUCGGAAGGAAACGCCGCGGGCGAGCCCAGCAACUCUGGAGGGCCGCGACCCCUUCUCUCUGGGGGCCGCGGGCUGAUCGGCCGGCGGCCAGCACCUCCGCUUACACCAGGCCGCCUUCCCUCAAUUCGCUCCCGGGACCUCACCCUUGGCGGAGUCAAGAAGAAAACCUUCACCCCAAAUAUCAUCGGUCGGAAGAUCAAAGAAGAGCCAAAGGAAGAAGUAACUAUGAAGAAGGAAAAGCGCGAACGGGAUAGAGACCGCCAACGUGAGGGUCAUGGACGGGGACGUGGCCGCCCAGAAGUGAUCCAGUCCCAUUCUAUCUUUGAGCAGGGUCCUGCAGAAAUGAUGAAAAAAAAAGGGAACUGGGAUAAGACAGUGGGUAUGUCAGACAUGGGACCCUCUCAUAUCAUCAACAUCAAAAAAGAGAAGAGAGAAACUGAUGAAGAAACCAAGCAGAUCCUGCGCAUGCUGGAGAAGGAUGAUUUCAUCGAUGACCCGGGGCUAAAGAAUGACACACGGAACAUGCCUGUGCAGUUGCCACUGGCUCACUCAGGUUGGCUUUUUAAGGAGGAAAGUGAAGAGCCAGAGGUUAAGCCUUUUUCAGCUGGCCCCAAGGAAGAAGACAUGGAAGUGGACAUGCCUGCUGUAAAAGUGAAAGAGGAGCCACGGGAUGAGGAAGAGGAGGCCAAGUUGAAGGCCCCUCCAAGAGCAGCCAGGAAGACCCCUUGUCUCCCGAAGGACGUGUCUGUUGCAGAACUGCUCAGAGAACUGAGCCUCACCAAGGAUGAGGAGCUGCUGUUCCUUCAGCUGCCUGAUACCCUUCCUGGGCAGCCACCCACUCAGGACAUCAAGCCUAUCAAGACAGAGGUGCAGGGCGAGGAUGGACAGAUGGUGGUGAUAAAGCAAGAAAAAGACCGGGAAGCCAGACUGGCAGAGAAUGCUUGUACCUUGGCUGACCUGACAGAGGGUCAAGUGGGCAAGCUGCUCAUCCGCAAGUCAGGGAAGGUACAACUCCUCCUGGGCAAGGUGACUCUGGACGUGACCAUGGGAACAACCUGCUCUUUCCUGCAGGAAUUGGUGUCUGUGGGCCUUGGAGACAGCAGGACCGGGGAAAUGACAGUCCUGGGACACGUGAAGCACAAACUUGUGUGUUCUCCCGAUUUUGAAUCCCUCUUGGACCACAAACACCGGUGAAACGAACAGAUGGAGGAGGAUGGUGACUGCCCACGACUGCUGCCUGCUCCAGACCGAUUUGUUCUCAAACACAUGCAGCCCAGAAGGGGCCUGUUCAGCCCACCCAUUGCAGUCUUUGGCAGCUGUCGUCCCAGUUUCCCCUGACUAGGGCCAAUACUGCAUCCCUUACCCUGGCAGCUGAGAAUGGCACAAUGGCCUUCCCACAGCAUGAGUAUGAAAGGCACAGCCUCAGUGCUUGGAACUUGACCCUGCUAUUUAUUUUUUAUUUAUGUCUUAAUCCUCAUAAACUGACUGCAUCCUCCCAAGGUAGGAUGGGUCAGGCUUCUUUUUGGGAGCCGUGGGUUACAGGGAUGAGAAGGGGAGGAGUUCAGGUGGGUAGGAAAGAACAGGGGUGAAGUUUGAGACUUGAAAUUCAGUCCCAGCUCACUGGUUUCUAGUUCUAUGUCCUCAAACUACCUAACCUUUCUGAGCCUCCUAUUCCUCAUUCGACAAACAUGAGGAUAAUACCUACCUCACAGGGUCAGUGUGAGGAUCAAAUGGAAUAUUGUAGAUGAGAACUCCUUGCAUAAGACCAGCCAUACAUUGUAUAGAUUAUCCCCAUAGGCACUCAAUAAAUGUUAGUUUCUCUUUC